CGACGCCGGCGCCGUCACCGUCACCGUCACCGUCACCGUCACCGUCGCUUCGCCGGGAAAAAAUAUAAGAAUACCGAUGAUAAAAAAAGACCAAGCGUGAACUAUCCGGUACGAUAAAGAACUUGAAGGUAAUAAAACUGACCAAUUUUCAGGUAGGAGAAGAAGCUUACUAAACGCUCUAAUGAGCUGAUCCAGUUUUCUUCAAUCGAAAAUUUCUGCUACUAAUAUCAAUGGAAGCAUCGCCAAUUCUGGUCUGUUCAAAGCUACCUUCCUCGUUCGUCGGCGGGAAUGUAUCAAAACAACACACUUUUUCUUACAGACCUUUCCACAAACAGUUGGUGAGCAAGUUAAAUCUUGGAAUACCCAAAUCCCACUUGCGUAGUUCCUUAUCAAUUUCCAUCCGUGAUGUCAAUUCUUCUCCUGUACGGCCAUAUAUUGGUGGGUUUCGAUCGUUGUUACUGCCAGUUCAGUGUUCGGGUCCAUAUUCAAAUGCAACAGAAACAGAUGGUCCAAAAAGGGUAUUUGAAAGCAUAAAGGGGUUAUCUUUGGAGUCAGUGAAGAUGGGUUUUUCCCAAUUGACUCCGUUUAAAGUGUUGAAGUGGGGUUUGUUGUUUUCUGUUGCUAUUGCUGCGUCCAAAUGGACGAUGAAUGUACUUGUGAAUCCAUUCUUUUGGAUGUAUUUUAGUAUGACAUGGUUAUAUUGGCCAUGGUUGGUGGCCAUAAGUCUUGCAAGUUACAGUCUUUAUUGCUUAAACAAGCAUUUACGUGGGGAUGCAAAUGUAUUUGAGCAAUUUGCAGUUGUUACUUCAGCUUUCACUUGGCUUACACUUGUCCCACCAGCACAUUUCAAUGGUUUUCUUGAAGGCUGGCCUGUUGUGUUCUUUUUGGUGUACCAUUAUUUCUUUUUCUUGAAUGUGAGUAUUCGAAAACGUUUGUAUGGUGAUUACAAUCCAAGAGAGCAUGACCCCAGAUGGGAUAUCAGCCUACCCGAUUGGCAGAAGCUGUUGUUUUGUGUUGGAGUUAUGGUUGGUCAUUGGCUUGCAGCGUUUGAAGGCCCAGAGCUGCAUCUUAUCCCUGGUGGAUGGAGCAAUUUGGGUAUUUGGGGUUUGAUUGUGAUGACAUUGUUUAUGCAAUAUCAUUCCACAUUGUAUUUAGCCAAGUACUCAGAGAAGGUGGUUGUGCCUACUGCUGUCGUACAGUUUGGUCCGUACCGGUUUAUUCGCCAUCCUAUUUAUGCUUCAACCAUGCUCUUGUUUGUUACUUAUUGUAUUGCUCUUAGGGCGCCUUUGAGUGCUCUCUUCAUUGCUGUUGUUUGCUCAGUGUACUAUGGGAAUAAAGCUAAGUUAGAGGAAAGUUUGAUGGUAGAGAACUUUGGUGAGAGAUAUAUGGAGUAUGCAAGUAAAGUUAGAUACAAGCUUAUUCCUUAUAUUUAUUAGUGCAAGACGUUGCGAGUUGCAUAAUGUUAGUGUAAUGUGGAGAAGAGAAUGAGAAUAUGAACACCUCAAUUGGCUUUUGUUCUGUUGUUUCAAA